AUGGACAAUAUUGCAUAUGCAAGGGCAUAUAAUAGUGACCAUCAAUCACAAUUGCUAGUGCAUGCAUCAGCUAUGAUGGCAGAGGCACAUUAUGCACUUUUAAUUGUUGAUUCAUCCACAAAUUUAUAUAGAACAGAUUAUAGUGGACGCGGAGAACUUAGCGCUAGACAGAUGCAUCUCGGCCAAUUCCUCAGAAAUUUGCAAAGACUAGCUGAUGAAUUUGGAAUUGCAGUUGUAAUAACAAACCAAGUAGUUGCACAAGUAGAUGGGGCAGCAAUGUUUGUUUCCGAUCCUAAAAAGCCAAUUGGUGGCAAUAUUAUGGCUCAUGCUUCACAAACAAGAUUAUCCUUAAGAAAAGGAAGAGGAGAGACAAGAGUUUGCAAGAUUUAUGAUUCGCCAUCUUUACCAGAAAGUGAAGCAACUUUCCAAAUUACAGCAGGAGGAAUUACUGACGCUGAAUAA